CGAACUUGCGGAUGAACCACUAGAGCUGAUAGCGGAAGUGUAGUUCCUCCCGGUUUCACAUCGUUUUAAGAAAUAAAUCAAAGUUAUGGCUGACAGUGAUAAACUACUUUGGGGAGUGAAAAAUGGAGAUUUAGAAAAUGUCCAAGAAAUGAUCUCCAAGCCUGGUGUAGAUGUGAAUGCAGAGCUGAGUGGGGGAAGAAAUGCCUUACACUUUGCUGCCGACUAUGGACAAACAGAUGUUAUAAAAUGUCUACUUAAAGCAGGUGCUGAUGUAAAUAAAGCAGAUAAACAUGGUAUAACACCACUGUUGGCAGCUAUUUGGGAAAGCCAUGAGGAGACUGUUACAUUGUUACUUCAAAUGGGUGCAGAUAAAAAUGGAAAGUCCCCAGAUGGAGAAACAUACAUUCAAUGUGCAGAGACAGACGAUAUGAAAGCUCUGCUUAGCAAGUAGAUUUAUUGUGUGAGGAUGCGGGUGUGCCUGGGAGAGCGUAUGGACAAAGUUAAUGUCGCACUCAUCAGCAUUUAUGCUUGGAAGUAUUUGUUGCAAGAAUUUGUACACCUGUCAUUGUAUGCAGUGAUAUCACUAAGAUCUUAUUUUAGCUUACCUUACACAUGUUGUACAUGUGUGACCCAAUAGUUCAAUUUUGCAGAAUAGUACAUGUAUGUGUUCCAAAUUGUAUCAUUUACAAUAUAAAAGCAGUUGUUGAAAUAACAUUAAACUUCAUUUUAUUGACAUGCUGGCGUAAGUUUGAGCUAUUUCCAUUCAUUUUUCAGACAUCAGAUAAUGAUUCACAUCAAGUAUUGUUGUAGGCUUGUUUUGUACAUUUUUGUAUACCUUUGUGAUUUUUAUUAGUUGUAUUUUGUUUGUUAUUAAAGAUGUUAACAAUACAUUUAAUAAAGAAUUAUGCACUAAUCCAGAACUUCAAUAAUAGUUCUAUAUUGUAUAAGCUGCAUUGCACGAUUAUGGCCUUUGGACAUACAAUUUUUUUUAUAGUUUUAAUGGGUGACAUUUUAGGAGGUGAUUCUGAAAAUUUCAUGACGACAUCUAUAAAAUUUUGUAAUAUAUGUGUUUGCAGACCAUGAUGAUUCAUUUUGAAUGCUAAAUUUAAUGUCACACACCUGACAUCAUUAUGAAAGGACAUUAUUGAAAUGACACGCAUUAUUAAUGGAUCAAUAUUCCAACUAGCUUUCAGUUUGAGUUGUUAUCCUAGCACAGAAUCAUUAUGUAACAGAAUCAUUUGCAAUGUUUGAGGUUUCAUUUUUGUAUUUUUAAACAUUGAAAACAUUACCAAAGCAGUUAAAUUGUGUUUGGAUGAAAUCGAUUUUGAAUCAUGAGUUAUAAAGUUAUUGUUAUAAAUUUUUCAAGAAAAUAAUGUGCCAAUGAAAAUCCUACUAAACAAAGAAUUUGAGUAGCAAUAAAAACACAUAAAAAAUCAUUCUUUUUGGCAGUUUAUAUUCUAAUUAUUUCAUUUGUUAUUAUAAUGUCUGAAGGCCCAUUAUCGUGCAAUGCAUCUCAUAUUGUUUAUAUUCAAAUGAUAUAUAUAAAAAAAUUAUACUUUGUUUAAAUCAUAUAUUCAAGUGCAGAUUAUGUAAAAUUGUACAAUAUCUUGAUUUUGAUAUCGUUUGGACGUUAAACAUAGCAGAGUCACUUGUUUAUGGUAACGAGUCCUUUUCUUUUUUGCAGACCCUGCUAUGUUGACCAAAGCGGGGCUUGAAAACAAAUUGAUAUUAAUAUAAGUUGCCCAAAAUGCCAAAGAAUUUGAGCUUGUCUGCUUUUUUGAGAGAAAAAGAGUCAAAAUAAUUCAGAUGGUAAAAAUGUUAAUGUGCAAGAACUUGGUUGGCCGUAGUCAGACACUGUUUUAGGAAAUACAUACUUGUUUAGCAUGUUUACAAUAAAGAAGAUCAAAUACUUCUGACUGAAAUAUUUUAAUUUUUCCUCUAGAGAAAAACAGACCAGCCUUGGCUUCCUUCUGUGGUGCUCUUGUUUCACUGUAGUGUUAUAGUAUGGUAUUGUUUCUACCAUACACACACAAAUAGUUGUUGUUACACAUAACAGUUUUUAUAGUUGUAAUCUUUUCAGACCUCCACUCAAUUUUAUACAGGUUGAUAAUUUUGUAAUGAACACAUUUUUCCUCAGAUUUCAAAGAGUUCAUGCUGGAAUGAAUUAUGCUUUAUUUAUAUUAGUCAAACAAGUGCUUCUACGCAUAGUGCAAUGUUAGGAAUCCUAUAUCUUGUGUUUUUAAUGUUUUUCACAUCAAAGUAUUCAUGUAUUUCAGUGAAAUAAAUUAUUCUGUGUAUGGUGUAUUUGUUGCAUGCACAUUUUAACUCUGGUUUGUUAACAUUUGAUCCAAAAUCAUUGAAUCUUGUU